AUGCGGGCUGAUUAUAAAUUGUUUGGUGACUCGAUCUCUUUCGACACAACUUACCGUACGAACAAAGUCUAUCGCCCAUUGGGAAUGUUUGUUGGUUUCAACCACCACCGACAGACUUGCAUAUUUGGGGCGUGUUUGCUGUAUGACGAGACUAGUGCAUUUUUCGAGUGGUUAUUUGAUGCGUUUCAUCGUUGCAUGGAUCAGAAGCUCUCAACCACCAUCUUCGCCGAUCAGGAUGCGGCUAUCCCCAAAGCACUUCGUAAUGAGUGGCCCGGUGUCUUCCAUGCAUUAUGUACGUGGCAAAUUUUAAUGAAUGCGAAGAAGCAUUUUAAGAAGGAAAAGGAUGUUUGGAAAAAGCUAAGCAUUCACCUCACUUACUUAUUCUACACGGUUGAUAGUGAGGUUGAAUUCGACACUGCAUGGAAGGACAUGCUUUGUGAAUACUUCCCCGAUGAUGACUUUGAGGAUGGCGACCCGUGGUUGCAGUAUCUGCUAGGCUUCCGGAAAUAG